AUGGACGUAAAUACUUUCCUAAUUUUCUAUUGGUAUUAUCGGCGUCGGCAGCGAAAUAGAAGAUUCUGGGUUCAUCCUAUUCUGACACAACGCUCGAAUUUGGGUAUUUUUCGGAAUCUUAUGAGCGAUUUGAGAAGAGAUGAGUCAAAAUUUUUCAAUUAUUUUAGAAUGAGUAUGACCACAUUUGACGAUCUUUUAAAAAGGGUGAAUGAAGAUUUAAAAAAACAUGAUACAAAUAUGAGAAAAAGCAUCACACCUGAAGAAAAGUUAGCAAUAUGUUUAAGGUACUUGGCAUCUGGGUGUUCGUACAUGGAUUUGCAUUACGCAUAUCGAGUGGGAGUCUCAACAAUCAACUCAAUAAUAGUAGAAGUAACAAACGUCAUAUGGAAUAAUUUGCAUCAGGAGUUUAUGAAAUUGCCCGACACAAAAUAUGAGUGGGAACAAAUUGCUGACGCAUUUUAUAAUAAAGCUAACUUUCCUCACUGCAUUGGUGCAGUUGAUGGGAAGCACAUAAGAAUGAAGAAACCAAGUCACAGCGGUUCUAUGUACAUGAAUUACAAGAAUUUUUUUUCCAUUGUAUUGCUAGCGGUAGUGGAUUCGAAUUAUAGAUUCACCUAUAUCAGCGUAGGCUCUUAUGGCAAAGAAUGCGACUCCUCUAUAUUCAAAGAAUCUACUUUCUGGAAAAGAUUAAAUGAUGGCAGUUUAGAUUUACCAGAAGCUCGUCCUCUCUUUACAGGUUUGGAAUCACGUGUUCCAUUUGUGAUAGUGGGUGAUGAAGCAUUUGGUUUGCAUUAUAAUCUGUUGAGACCCUAUGGAGGAACUCAUUUAGAUAAAAAUAAAAGGAUAUUUAACUAUCGAUUAACAAGAGCCAGACGUUAUGUGGAGUGCGCGUUUGGAAUAUUGGCAAAUAAAUGGCGAAUAUUUCAUCGUCCAUUGGACGUAAGCACCAGUACAGCUAUCUCGAUAGUUAAAACUUGCGCCGUGCUUCAUAACUAUAUCAUGCAUAAUGAAAGUUCAUAUGCGAACAUUGACAGCAACGAUUCAACGAUAUCUUUGGAAAACGUACGUAAUGAGCCAAAUACACGAGGUGGACGCUGUGCUAACACAAUACGAACAGAGUUCACAAAUUAUUUUGUUUCUGAAGUGGGAGCUGUACCUUGGCAAGACGAAGCAAUACAAGGAUAAACGAAAUAAAUAUAAAAACUUACCAUAGCUUUGUCUUUCUUUUUCCUCAAGUUCUUGAAAGUCUUCUCUCAAAACAAUGCAAACUUCGCGCCAUGCUGCAGUUCGCAAGUUGUUAUCUUUAUAAUUUUCCAGCGUUUUAUCCCAUAAUAUAGGCCUAAUUUCAAUUAGUGUAAUAAGAAGUUCGGGAUCAAUAUUUGUUUGCGACAUUU